CGCCUCACAGCACCGGGAAUCUCUCUCUAUCUCCAUCUUGCUCACCCCCCCACCCCGCCUUUCCUCUGUGUCUGAAGCGUAAAAAACCAAAGGACUCUCAUCUCCCAUUCAGUCUUCUCUGUACGCUGAGGAGUGCCCUCAUAUUGAAAACACCUUUUUUCUCCACCAAAUGCUUCAAUUUCACCUUUAUUUUUACCAAUUUUUACUCCUUUACCUGCUGCCAAAGGAUGAUUUGAUGACCAAAAGUGACAUUUUUUUCUGUUGACCUGCCGGGAGCCUGCAUCUUUUACAGGAGUCAUCUUUGUUCUAGAGCUCACAGUUGCUGACUGUACACUGGCAGUGGGGAAAUAGGUUAGUGUGCCUAUCUGGUGCUGGGCAGGAGAGCUGAUUGAACGUUCAGUCCGCCAGAGGAGGUAAAGAGGAGGGAGAUGCCUUCCUGGUGGUAGCCUUCUGUAGCUCUGCGACCAUUCGGGGAGAAGGUGACUAGAAUGCUCCCGUUGAACUCCAACCUCUAGCGGAAGUAUCAGCGACGGGAUUUCAGAGACAAAGGAGGGGAAAAAAGCAACUGAGGCAACAGACAGACAUUUGUUUUCAGUUUCUGGAGUCACUGAACAGGGUUGACCUGUGUGCACCUGCUGUCCGCGGACGCCAUGGAUAUCAACCUUCAGUCUCACCGAUUUUACUUCCCUCAGAUCUACUGUGCUGAACCGGGGGCACAGCCACAGCUCACUGAGUUCAAAGUCAGUGAGCAGAGUAUCUGCCAGGCGCGGGCCUCUGUCAUGGUCUACGAUGACACCAGCAAGAAGUGGGUGCCCAUCAAGCCUGGCCAGCAGGGAUUCAGCCGCAUCAACAUCUACCACAACACUGCCAACAAUACCUUCAGAGUGGUGGGAGUCAAACUGCAGGACCAGCAGGUGGUCAUCAACUACUCAAUAGUGAAGGGUCUCAAGUACAACCAGGCCACACCAACCUUCCACCAGUGGAGGGACGCCAGGCAGGUCUAUGGCCUCAACUUCGCCAGCAAGGAGGAGGCCACCACCUUCUCCAAUGCUAUGCUCUUUGCCCUCAACGUCCUCAGUGCUCAGGAUGGAGGUGGGCAAAUGAUGGAGCAACAGCAGCAGCAGAUGCAGGCGCACAUGGAGCGGGAGCGACGGUCCUCCAACUCAGGUUCUCCUUUCCAAGGCCAUCCUGCUGUGCUCUCAGUUGCCCCACCUCCACCGGUGAACAUGGGCGGCCCACCUCCUCCUCCACCACCGCCAGGCCCGCCGCCACCAUCAGCAGGGGCACCGCAACCUCCUCUCCCUCCUCCACUGCCCUUAGGAAGCCACGGGGAUGAGACCUCUGCGCCGACAGGUCUUGCGGCUAUGAUUGCUGGAGCCAAACUACGCCGUGUUCAAAGACCUGAUGACAGCUCUUCAGGUGCCAAAAAUGAAGCUAACCGAACAAGUGGGGGGAGUGGAGGACUGAUGGAGGAGAUGAAUGCUCUGUUGGCACGAAGAAGGAAAGCAGCUUCAGAGAAGCCCGAGGACAGCCAAAAUGUAAGUGCGUGCGAAACGGAGAUGGUUUGCAAUUCAUGCAAUACAGUAACAGCUAGUGUGACAGAGAAUUAUUUUGUGUUACGCAGAGCACGACCUGCGGGGAGUGGUGGCGACACAGACUCGUUAGACCUCGAUAGAAUGAAACAGGAAAUAUUGGAAGAGGUGUUUCGUGAAUUGCACAAAGUGAAGGACGAAAUCAUCGAUGCAGCUGCCGGGGCCCUAAAGAAGAAGAGGAGGAGGAGGCGGAGUCAGGAAGGGAGGCCCAAACUGUGACAUCUACUCAUCCCGUUCAGCUGCGGUGUUGAAGCACUGGUGCAAACGUUGCUGUAACACCUCAGACGUGUCUGUGUAACAUUUGAUUUGUUUGUUUCUGAGAGGAAUACGUGAAUGGGGCGCACUCUCGCACCGGUUGCUCUCAUUUCUUUGUCUGUUUGUUUGCCCAGUUCUCCCCUCUGUCUUUGGUCCAAAGGAUAUUUGAUGCUAUGAUUUGAAUUGCUUUACUUUUUCACAGAUUUGUUUUUUAAAUCAUCGCUACUGUCACUUUCAUUAUUAUUACUAUCAUUCUUAUGAUUGUCAGCGUGAUGUCAGUAAUGAGUAAUAGUAGUAGGGUAGUAGGGGCAAUGGUAACAAUGAGGAAAUAAUAAUGAGAAUAUGAUAGUAAUGAUAAUGUGGAUAUAAUAUUGCACAUCACUUUAUGUCAGUGUUUUAAAUUUUAUAUCGGUUGUUUUCAUUUUGUUGUUUUCUUUGUUUUGUUUUUUUUUAGAUGCAUUUGCAAGAUCAUCCUCUUUUUUCUCUUCACCUGAUAUAAAAUAUUUUUUAAAGAUUUUUUAUCCUUUUCACAGUUAUGUGUGGAACCAUGGCAGAAAAAAAACAAGACAAAACAUAAAAAACAGACCUUGAACUGAAACCAAUGUUGGAGUAAACACAAAUUUUGGAUAUUGCAAUCUUAUGAAAUCCAAAAAAAAAAAUAAACACUAAAAAAAGAGAAAAUAAUAAAAAUAAUUAAAUACACCCGAGUAUCUGUGACCAUGUUGUUAAUAAAAUGUUUAUUGGCUGCAAGGAUAUGGUGAAGUAUUGUUCAUUUUAUUCUCUCCUUUUACGACAAAGUGCUUCCUGGUUUGAGAACAACGACAAAAAGCAAAAAAAUAUAACGGAAGUUUAAAAUGAAUCGAAAUAAACUGUAAAACACGUCUUGGA